GAACAAAUAAAGCUUUCAACAAAAGAAAUAGCCGACUAUCAAACUUCAGAUGUAUGCAAAUCUGAAAGAUACGUUUCAACUGAUAUGGUGGACUCAUCGCCUCUUAUCAAACUAACAGAUGAGGUCAAUAAGUUCAAAGUUCAAAACGUUGAACUUCUAUUAAAACGAAAAACAUUAAUAAGUGAUAUAAAUUCUAUGAAAAAUCAACAAGGAGCCAUUCAAAAGGAACUAGAAAAUGUCUGUGCAAAACUUAAACUUCACGAACGCACUUGCCUCGUUCUAGACAAUCCGAAAGAGAAUACUGGUAAAUUAGAAACACUCAUACGAAGCACUGUAGAACGUCGAAAAAACUUAGAUCAUCAAUGGCAUGACUACCGCCAACCGAUGUUGGAUACACUUGAACGACUGAGGUCAUCCAAACAACUAAACUAUUCUCGAAAUCUGAAAAUAAAUCGGGAAAUAAUUACACAGUUGCAGCAAAACUUGGAACAAAGGAAUGCACAACACAACGAGCUUAGCACGGAAUUAAGAGCAUCAAAAAAUGAUCUGGCAGCACCGCGAAAAGAAUAUAUUCAAAGGAUACUCGAAUUCAUAUCAAAUAUACGGAAACAGCGCAGUGAUAUUUACAAAGUUCUGGACGAUACGAGAGACUUGCAAAAGCAACUAAAUUCUAUAUCCGCUCAAUUACAACGUCAGUUUUGUUACACAGAUGAUCUACUUUUCCAGACAGCCAAACACGACAUGCACUCAAAACAAGCCUACAAGCUUUUGGCCUCGUUGCACACCACAUGCAAUGAACUUGUUGAUAUCGUUGCAAAGACAGGAAAUGUGACUAACACAAUACGAGAGGUAGAGGUACAAAUUGAUCGUGAGAAAAUAAAAAAUGUUAGGGCAAGUUUACAACAAAUAACGGCAGACAUACAAAAUUUUGAAAACAUUAUUCAUAACAUUCAGACCGAUAUUCGCGAAAUAGAAAACGAAAUUUCAAAUGCUUAAAUCUCGUGAAUGUACGUACAUACCAGUGUUGACAAAAUGUUAAUCUAAUUAACGAUUAAAAGGUUAAUCACGAUUAACGAUUAAAAUUAAUUAAUCGUAAUCAUCCGUACGAUUAAUAAUUACAUUUUUUUUCGUUAAU